GAGUCCUCCUGUUGUAUCCUCACAACUAACUUGUUGAAGCUUAAAGGGUAACCACUCCCUCAUCAUUUAUCUCUAUAGUUGGUUCUAGUUGUGCGCCAGAGUAACAAACUCUUGGUUGUUACAAAGAUAGUCAUUCCUCAAUAACUUCAGAUCAAACUCACUGGAUGGACAGCUUGGACAUUGUCAAACAAUUUGUUUUGGCCACAGACACCACAUGGCUUGCGAGAUUGGACGAAGGAGGGCUCGGUGGAUUGCAAUUGUUGUAUGAUAUGCAACUUGUUGUCUGCAGAUGCAAUAUGAGGAAAAGACGGAGUUGUGACAGAGGGGGGACAUAGCUGAUGGCUUGCGCAACUUUGUCGCUGGUUUUCCAUCUGCUGAAGGGUGAAGGGACGAUUGAUUCUGUUGAGCGCAAAUGUCUGCAAUAAAGUCACAUUGGUGUU